UUCACUCAGUUACACAGAACAGCACAGACUACACAGAGCACAGGUGAAACGAAACUCAGCAGUCAUGCAAACAGCAGCUCUUAUUAAUCGGAUUUUAUGUGCCCAUGAUGGGAGAAUGGAGCUGGAGGAGCUGUACGGUCAGCUGAUUGGACCGGUGUUAAAGGAUGAAGUAGAAGAUGCUCUAAAAGACACAGAUAUGUUUGUGAUCACUGGUGAGGAAAACAAGGUGGUGGUUGCCAAGACUAAACUGAGGCUGUGUAGAGCCAGGGACUGCCAAGGCUGCAGUAACCUCCACCUGUGUAAAAAGUACCUGUUGGGAGACUGUCCAUUUGAGAAAGAGAGACGAGGAUGUCGAUUCUGCCACGAUUUAUACUCAGGACACAAUGUCAGUGUGCGACGUCAACACAACCUGCUGGAGCUGGAUCGCACUGAGCUGAGUGUUAUACUUCUUCAAAGUGACAACACCCUUCUGCCUCCAGUGUGUUUUACGUAUAACAAAGGCAGAGGGGAAUAUGGCCACUGUCCUGAUAAAGAGGCCUGUAGAAGACUUCAUGUGUGUCAGAACUACAUCAGAGGAACCUGUGAUGGAAGCGGUAGAUGCAGCCGAUGCCACGACUUCUUUGAGCCUCAUCCGGUGAAAACCCUCCAGGCUAAAGGAAUUCCCAGUCAGCUGAUAGGAUCCAUGCUGACAGUAUACAAGAACAUACUAGCAGUCUGGGAUGCUAAUCAAGUGAACACAUCAGCCAGUUCAUCAGAGAAAUCAGACAUAUGCCUCUUCAACAUCAAAGGAUACUGCAAACAAGGAAACAGGUGUCGGCAGGUGCAUUUCCAUCUGCCUUAUAAGUGGGAAAGCAGAGAAAGACAUGGCUGGAAAGUUCUGCCAGAUAACGAAGAGACAGAACGUGCAUUCUGUGAUCCCAAUAAGACAUACAGUGAUGGUGCUGAACCAGUAUACUUUGAUACAAUGACUCAAGGUUUUGCAGAGGUUCGUCGUCUCUCCACUCUUUCGUCAGUGCUGAACCCCACCUUCAUCCUCACCACCACCUGGAUCUGGUACUGGGAGGAUGAGAAUGGAAACUGGAUCAAGUAUGGAAAUAAUGGAACCCAUCAUUCAUCUUCCAUUACCAGUGAGGAUCUGGAGAGUAAAUACCAAGAAGACAACAGCGCUACAAUCCAGUUUACAGCAGGCCCACAUUCUUAUGAACUCAACAUGCAAGACAUGAUUCAGUCCAACCAACAGAUCGGCACUAAAAGGCUGGUGAGGAGGAGACCUUUGUUUCUCACAACAGAAGAUGUACAAAAGAUCAAAAGAAGUCAAAAGGAAUUCAGUGGGCAUUCACAAAAUUUGCCUCGUCACUGGGAUAAAACCAAGGUUCCAGAAAUUGGUUUCAAGAGAGUUCCCCUAAGAAACACUACAGAUGAGUUUAGAAGAAUUUUUGAGCUCUUCAGUCAGACAAUGUCAGGAUUCAGUGUGAGGAGGAUUGAGAGGGUGCAGAACCGGAGCUUAUGGAGUGUUUUUCAAUGGCAGGCUGACGUCCUGAGGAAGAAAAAUGCAGGAAAGGAAAACAAGAAACUUCUGUUCCAUGGCACUCUGUCUAGACAUGUUGAUGCCAUCUGCCAGCAGAACAUUGACUGGAGAAUAUGUGGAGUUCAUGGAACAGCAUAUGGAAAAGGGAGUUAUUUUGCCAGGGAUGCCAGCUACUCCCAUAGUUACACCGAUCAAUCUGAGACUCGAUGCAUGUUUGUUUGUCGGGUUCUGGUAGGAGAAUACACGACUGGACAUUCCAGCCAUGUUCGCCCUCCCCUGAUGGAUGGAGAAGACACCAUUUUUUUUGACAGCUGUGUAAAUGACAUCAACAACCCCUCCAUAUUUGUGGUUUUUGAGAAGACUCAGAUUUACCCUGAGUACUUCAUUCAGUAUGAUGAUCUGCAUGUCAGCACUCCUACAUUAAUCCAACCCCCACCACAAGUGUUCUCUUCUGCACUCACCCUCCACUCAGCCCACAGGAUGCCAUUCAAUCAGCUGCACAGACCCACCACAUCUGGAUAUUUUGCCAGUGCCUUAAAGCCAGAACAUCACAAUUUGACCGGAGCAUCUCGGGGAUUUGGUUCAAUGACGUCUUUAGCGAACCUUUCCACUCACGCCAAUGCUCCUGACACAACCAAGCAACAGAAUUCCAGACCAAGAAGGUCAAAUAUGAGGAACGCAACAAGAAGAUUUGGUUCUUUAACAAAUCUGUCAGUGCAUGAUGGUGCUUCACCUACACUUAGCCUUCAUUCCAGACCUCAGACUGGUUUUCCCCAACCAAACACUAGGCAGGGAACUAAGAGCUCUACAAUGGUUAACCAGUCUUGGGUAGUCUAGAUACAUUUAAAGAAGGGUUCCUUCACCUGUCGAUGAACUGACAAAUAGAACUGUUAGUACAGGAGGAGAAAUAUGUUAGUUUUCCUGAGAGUUACACAGAAAAUGUAGCAAGACAAUAGAAGCCACAAACCAUUGAGUUUAUAGACAAUAGCCCUAUGGGAUGGGAUUAGUUUCUCAGGGGGACGUCUGUGAAAAAUAUUUCAGACUUCUACUCAGUGAUAAAACUCCUGCAUCUGGACUGCAAUUGAAAAAAACAGGAGGACCAGUGAGUUUUAGGCUUUCUUGGUCACGUGACAUCGCAUUACAUAGCUCCUCCAUGUCCACUCGCUGUUGGUUUUACGUAGAUCUUCGAGCACACGCCCAAAGUGUAAUUAUGGUGAGUGGCAGUGGACAAAUAGCUAUUUUGUUAAAAGUAAGGUGACGAAACUCAAGAGAUGUGGAUCCAGACAGGACUAAAAUUACUGGACAACCACAGAGUUCAACAAAAAACAGUAGGUAAUUGAGCCUGUCAUUUGCUCAGAGGACGUCAGAGAAACACUAAUGGUCAUUCCGGAGGGGGAAUAAAAUCACAGAGGAUCCUCCAUUAAAGAGAAAAUUAUCCAAGGACCGCCUGAGAAACUAAUCUUGUCCGGAUAAAGCUAUUGUCAUUACGCUAAUACUUACCUUCUAAUUGAGACUGCAAGCUGCUAAAACACUAAGGAGUGAGGAAGAACUCUUGUAAUUUAUUAGUUACAAGAUAUAUCACUAACAAAGUGGAAGGAACUAAUAAAAUAAAAAGGAAAUGUCUUUUAAUAAUUUGUAAAAUAUAUAUUGUAAUUAAUUUGUGUGUUUGUGUUGUUGCUAACUUUUUGGCCUAACUUUUUGUUAUCUGGCAAAAAUGAUCCUUUCUUGAUUCCCCUUAAUUUCAUGUUAGUUAUUAUGAUUAAAUACAGCUAGUAGCUUCUUUGUGAGAUCAUAAAAUGAUUCAUUUACUUUUUGGAUUGACUAAAAACACUCUGUACUGUAAAAAAAAGUCCAAGGAGCUCAAAGCAGAUCUGAGAAGGAUAACUAUAGGUUUGCACAAGCCUGCAGUACUGCUGGAGCCACUUCUACCAAAGAUCAUCGUUCAAACGUAAGAGAUUAGACUGUUGGACUAUGGACUGUGCUUAUGUGGCUCUUGUUAAGCCAACAACCACAUUUAUUGUCAAGAGAAAAAUUCUUGUUUUUUAAUUCCAUGUCAGAAAAAAUGACAGAAAAAUAAAUUAUUAAACCAUAAUCUUCAGGUCCAUGAUGACACUUAUGACAAUUAUAUUUAAAUCAUAGACUAAUUAUAAAGAUGUAAUACAAAAAGGAAAAAUCAGCAAUGUUACCACCCUUGUAAGUAUACCAUUUAAUUUUUAAAUAUAAUGCUUCUUUUUCCAAAUAAUCUUGGCCAGAGCAAAUAAACAUCUUAAUUAAGUUUAAGUGUUCUAAUAUCCUACUUAAGGGAAAUCAUAGGUUUAGAAUUAGUUUAUUCUGAAUUUAAUUUAGAUGAAUAACCUUAUAAUUAGUGAUUUUAUCAUUCUAAAUCACUUAUUAAUAAAAAACUAUUAAGGAAUUAGCUUUGCCAUCCCAAAACAUCUGCAGGAGACAUUUCAGAUUAGAAGCUGAACGUUGGAUUUACACUGAACAAAAAUAUAAACGCAACUGGUUUAUAACAAGACUUUUUGCUCCCAUUUUUCAUGAGCUGAACUCAAAGAUCUAAGACUUUUUCUAUGUACACAAAAGAGCUUUUUCUCUUAAAUUUUGUUCACAGUUGGGUCUAAAUCUGUAUUAGUGAGCACUUCUCCUUUGCUGAGAUAAACCAUCCACCAGUCACAGGUGUGGCAUAUUAAGAUGCUGAUUAGACACAGUGAUUAUUGGGCUGUAUCUUGGGCUGUCCACAAUAAAAUGCCUCUCUAAAAAGUGCAGUUUUGUCACAAAGCAAAAUGCCACAGAUGUUGCAAGUUUUGAGUGAGUGUGCAGUUGGCCUACUGACUGCAGUCUCCAAAGGCAAUUCAGAGAAUUUGGCAGGACAUCCAACCGACCUCUCAACCACCAUGUCUAACCAAACCAGCCCAGGACUUUCACAUCCAGCACACAGCAAAUUUCAGGAGUUCGGAAAUCUGGAGUUAAAAAAAAUGUGUGGAAGUGUUAAAUUGUUUCAGUUUAUUCUCCAACUUAAACUACAAGUUGAGUUGAGGGGAACUGUUUGGUGGUGUAGAGUUUAUUUCAGAGUUUAUUCCAAGGUGUUGAGGAGCGUGACUGAACUCUCUAAUGGGCGUGUCCCCCAAUUCUAGCUUACCACCAGUGUGAAGUCUUGCCCACCAGGGCUCCUUCUAUGGGGUAUUUCAUUAUAUUUUAUAUAUAAUGUAUGUCUAGUCAACAUUUUGUUGGCUACAGUGCAUCUUCUGCACUGUUAAGUUUGAUAAAUUGCUGACAAUGCACUGAAAACAAUGCACUUUUUAUAAUAUUAGUUUAUCAACACAUUUUUUUACAUUAUCUGUUAAUACUGUGAAGAAGUUUAUGUUAAAAUUAACUCCAGCUGAGAGCUGUAAUUAAACACAGUUAAACAACAGUUCAGAUUUAAGUCCUGAACAGAGUUAAAAGGCAAACUCCCAGAAAAAAACUCUCAGGGAGUUUAUUCCAAAAAACAGAAUUUGCUGUGCAUCUUCAGCUCCAAGAUGGUCUGAGACUAGCCACCCGGACGGACAGCUGCUGUAACAAUCGGUUUAUAUAACCAAAGACUUUCUGCACAAACUGUCAGGAUCCGUCUCAGUAAAGCUGAUCUGCAUGCUUGUUGUCCUCAUCAGGGACUCCACCUGACUGCAUUUUGUUGCCAUAGCUGAUUUGAGAGGGCAAAUAAUCACUUUUGGUGGCUUCUGGCACAAUGGAGAGUUGCUCUCUUUAGGGCUGAAUCUCGUUUUUUACUGUACCGGGCAGAUGGCAGACUGUGUGUAUGCCAUUUUGUGGGUGAGUGGUUUGCUGAUGUCAGUGCUGUGAAUCACGUGGCCCAUGGUGGCGGUGGUGUUACGGUACGGGCAGGCGUAUGUUAUGGACAAUGAACACAGCUGCAUUUUUUGGAAGGAAUUUUGAAUGCACAGAGAUACUGUGAUGAGAUCCUGAGGCCCAUUGUUGUGCCAUUUAUCCAUGACCAUAACUUCAUGUUGCAGCAUGAUAAUAUGGCUUGGCCCCAUGCUGCAUAGACCUGUACCCAGUUCCUGAAAGCUGAAAAUGGUGUUUACACCAGAUACUGACUGAUUUUCUGAACCCCCCAGAUUCUAACAAUACUGUAAAACUGCACAUUUUAGAGUAGUCUUUUAUUGUGACCAGCCCAGAGUAAACCUGUUUAAUAAUCACUGUGUCUAAUCAGCAUCUCGAUGUGCCACACCUGUGACUGAUGGAUAGUUUAUCUCAGUAAAGGAGAAGUGCUCACUAACUCAGAUUUAGACCCAAAUGUGAGCAAAAUUUGAGAGAAAAAUGGGAGCGAAAUGGGAGCAAAACCAGAAGUGCUGCUUUCAUAUUUUUGUUCAUUGUAGUAUGGUAGCAUCAUGGUACUGAGACAUUACUUUAGAAACAGUUUCAAUAUAUUACCACUAAUAAAGGAAAUCUGUAAUUAUGUAUAUCACCAUGUAAUUUACAGAAAAAUUGUUAUGAAUCUUACAAUAAAAUAAAUAUUUUGGUCAAA